CAAAUAUUAGGAGAGAUGAAAGCUGCUUGUAUAUAUUACAAUGAGAAAAGUAAUAGUUUCUUAUGAAUUAAAGCAUAUCUUGGGCCAAGCCUAUUUAUGAUGUUGUAAAUUGGUUUACAUUUGUGGGCUUAUAGGGAAUUCCUUAUGUAUUAUUACAUUUUUGGGUUGUUAUAUUAAUGAACUAUCAAAUUAGACCUUUCAUAUGUGCUUCAAGUGGAUUAUAUUUUUUAGUUCGGUUGAAAGAUCCUGGAACAAUUCCAAUAGUGAAAAUAGAGAUUCCAGUUGAGAACAAUCAAAUUGAAGUAUAGAUUGAAAAUAAUGUAAAAAGAGAAGUACUGAAUGCUUAAGCAAAUGAUGAAUCUAAUGGUUAGAUUUCACUGGAUCAAUUUAAAGAUGGUCCAGAUAAUGACAACACAAUUUAAAAGUAGUAAAAUAUAAUGUAAUAUAAUUAUAGAUAUUAUCCUGAAUAACACUAAUAACAAUAAGUUGAUAAUUAGAAUAUAUUAUCAGGUAGAGGAAUGCUUUCAUCCCCAUCUUCUGAAUAAGCUAAAAUAAACACUCCAAAUAAAUAAACUUGCAUAAGUACUUCUAAUGCAGUGAGUCCUCCAAUUUUAGCAACAGAAAAGAGAUUUUGUAUGCAAUGUUUAAAUGAAUAACCAAUGAGAGCUAAACAUUGUUAAUAUUGUAAGAAAUGUAUUCCAAUGUUUGAUCAUCAUUGUCCUUGGAUAGGAGUAUGUAUUGGAGAAAAGAAUAAAUUAUUGUUUCUCAUAUAUUUAUUCUUUUAAAUUGCCCAAUUGAUUGUCGGUAUUAGAAUCUCAGUUGAAAAUAUUGGUUUACUCGUAGUUAUGGGAGUAAUCGUUAUUUUGCUUAUUACUCUAUUUGGAUUUCAUGCAUUUUAUGUAGCCAAAAAUAUCACAACAUGUAAAGUGAUCAAUAAUAUCAGGGGAAUUUUUGAGUUGGAAACGGAUUUCGUAUAUUAGUCAGACUUUAAGGUAUCCAUUUGACAAGGGUGUGAUCAACAAUAUUAGGUUGCUUUUCCAAAUUUCAUGCCAAAAACAGAUUUACGAAUGGUAAUUAUAAUCUUAAUGA